UUGAACGUUCCCUCAGUCAAGAUGCCGCUGACGGUGAGAGAUUACACAUGGACACAAAGUGAAAGCUCAGUUUACAUCAGUGUGCCUUUAAAGGGAAUAAAGACGACAAAUGUCGAUGUCAUCUGUACGGAUGAGUACCUGAAGGUCAGUUUUCCUCCGUUUCUAUUCGAAGCUUUCUUGUUUGGAGAAAUAGAUGAAGAGAAAAGUGUGGCCAAGAUCGGGAGUGGUGUUGCCGUUUUUACACUGCAGAAAAAGAAACAUGAAGUGUGGGAGAAACUCUUCACGACUCUCGAUAAAGAAAGACAGAGGCAGAUGAGAGAGCAAGCCAUUGUCAAAGUCCAAAACAAAGCAGAAGAAAAGUUUAAAGCCAAAGCCUCGAGGAUUCAACAAGAGAAGAAAUUUGCACUGGAGACCAUGAUGAAGCUUGAGAAAGAGGAGCGUGAGCGGAUUCAGAUGAUGAAGGAUGAAGAGUGUUUGAGAGCCACAGCAGAGCUGGAGGUCUGGAGAGAAACACAGAGAAAAACUGCUGAAGAGACGCAGAAGAGAUCCAGCAGCACAACGCACAACAAUAAACCUGAUCAUCAGAAAACACAGCGUGUGAAUGUUACAUCUGCCAUAAAACCAUUGCACAAUCCCGCCAACACUUCAACCGAUCAAAAAAACAGCAAGCAGAAGUAUAAAGAUCUCCCUGCACCCAGAUCUGCAGGCUGUAUUCAGAUCAGUUUUACUCCACGGGUGUUUCCCACAGCCCUGCGAGAGUCUCGUGUGCUCGAGGAAGAAGAGUGGUUGAUGAAGCAGGCAGAAGCCAGAAGAGCCGCAGACUCACAGCUAGAUGAACUGAAGGAUCUGACAGAUGAAGAGAGAAAUCCAGACUGGCUGAAAGAGAAGGCCGAUAAAUUCUUCUUGGCCGGAAACUAUCAUGCUGCUGUCAACGCGUACAGUCUCGCCAUUAAACUCAACAGAAAGAUUCCAGCGUUGUUUUCCAAUCGAGCGGCCUGCCAUCUCAAGAUGAGGAAUCUUCAUAAAGCCCUUGAGGACAGCUCUCGGGCUCUGGAGUUGCUGACGCCUGCAGUUCCUGCGAACGCUCCGGCCCGACUAAAGGCACACGUGAGGAGAGGAACCGCGUUCUGUGAGCUGGAGCUUUAUGUAGAAGGUCUUCAGGAUUAUCAGGCUGCUGUAAAGCUCGAUCCAGAGAACGCGGCUCUGCAGGCGGACACGGUGAAGAUUCGGCAGAUCAUACAGGGCUCCACACCCAGCUCCUGAAAUCUCCUUCACCAAAACUAAUAUUAAGCAUGUAAAUAUAUAUAUAAGCCAUGUUUUAUUAACCCUGGUUGUGGAUUGUUAUGUGACAUCACAAAUAAAGUACAGCUGGAGACACUG